AUGCAUAGUCGCCCAGUCAUUGCCAUUGCUGGACUUGCUUGCGAGACGUCCACCUUUACCCCGUCGAAGACCUUGGCUCCAGCAUUCCAUCCGCGAAGGGGCAUUGAAUGCCUUCAAGAAUAUGACUUUCUCAAACCGGGAAGUCCUCUUGCAAACAUUGCUGACUGGCGUGGGGCUCUUAUCGGCCACGCCCUACCAGGAGGAAUCGUCACUCGAGCAGCGUUUGAGGAACUAGCAGCAGAAAUCGUGACUAGACUCACGGAUAUAUGUACUUCUGUGCCGCGACUUGAUGGACUAUGGUUUGAUAUUCAUGGCGCUAUGUGCGUGGAAGGGCUUGAUGAUGUGGAAGCAGAGCUGCUUCGUCGCAUCCGUACGGUCAUUGGACUUGACGUGGCCGUGUCGGCAUCUAUGGAUCUACAUGGGAACGUGUCGCGAGAGCUUGCUCAUCAAACCGAUCUAAUUACAUGCUACCGGAUGGCGCCGCAUGAGGAUGAACAGGAAACAAAAGAGCGUGCCUGUCAAAAUCUGGUAGAUUUGCUCACAAGGCAACAUGCAAGAGGAAAUAGUCGGUUGCGGCCUUAUAAAGCUUGGAUACCUCUUCCGAUCCUGUUACCGGGAGAACAGACUUCUACUAGAGUUGAGCCUGCGAAACAUGUAUAUGCUGCUGUUUCGGAUGUUGAAGCUAGGGCUGGUGUUAUAGAUGCUGCAAUUUGGGUGGGAUAUGCUUGGGCUGACGAACCGCGCAACCGAGCCAUUGUCAUGGUCACUGGUUGGGACAAAUCAGCUGUUGCGGCGGGUGCUGAAGUGCUGGCAAGAAAUUUCUGGGACGCUCAUGCUAAUUUUGAUUUUGUUGGGCCAACUGGGACGUUCAAAGAAUGUCUGGACAAGGCUCUAACGUCUUCUGCUCGCCCAUUCUUUAUCUCCGAUAGUGGAGAUAACCCAACAGCAGGUGGUAGCGGGGAUAUGACUUGGGGCUUGACAAAGCUACUAGCUCGACCUGAAUUCAAAGAUGCUUCAGGGCCAACUGUGAUAUAUGCAAGUGUACCGGGUCCGAAAGCAGUUGAAGUAGCUGUUGCCGCCGGCGUUGGGGCGAUAGUGACGGUGACUGCGGGUGCAGAGGUUGAUAAUAUACACGCAGGUCCUAUUACGAUAACCGGACGAUGUCUAUGCCAUCUUGACUAA